UUAAAUAUUAGCAGGAUAAUCCUGUAGACAACAUUGAACAUAAAACGUUCGCUUCAGCCAAUCAGAAUGGCAAACAAAUUGAUUUUUGUAUCCUUGUGGAUACUACUCAUCUGCUCUGUGUGGGCCGAGGAUGGGGACAUUAUAAUGAGCGAUGAUGAUGACGAGGAUAUAAACCCGCUGGUCCAGGCCGCACCGGAAGCCGUCGAUAAGGAGAAUGAACGCGACGAACGACACAUAAGCUUCAACAUCCUCCAGGCCCCCGCAGUUAGUGCGAGAUACACUUAUGGUGGUGGAAUCGGUGGAGGAUACAGUGGCGGCGGCGGAGGAUAUGGCGCUGGAGGAGGAUAUAGCGGCGGUGGAGGAUAUGGCGGCGGUAUAAAAACUUCUCAUGCUGCUGGAAGUGGAUUUCUAACCAAAACCUUGGGAAUGUUUGGCAUUGGGAAGGGGAAUCAGGGAAAUUUUUACGGAAGCGGUGGCCAGUUUCUGGCAGCCUUUGGAAAGUGUUCGGCUCUGCAGCUGCCAUCGAAUGUUCAGUCCGAGUGCCACAAUGGGCGCUGCAAGGUCUUUUGCCCAGCUGGCUAUAGCUUCGCCCAGGACAUUCAGUUUCUGGAUAUGUUCUGCAGCAAUGAUGGAUGGAUCAUAGGCAAUUCCGUUUUCACGGAGGUGCCACCCUGCCAGGCGCAAUGUCAACCCCGCUGCCAGAACAAUGGCAUCUGCAUCUCAGCCGGAGUCUGUCAGUGCCCCGAGAAUUACUACGGACCGUUGUGCCAGCAAAAGAAGUCAGUAUGUGCUUCCUUUCCAAGCGCACCAAAGAACUCAAAAGUGUCUUGCAAAAAUAAUUUGUGCCAUGCCGAGUGCAUGAGAGGCUUCCAGUUUCCAGACGGCAGUGGUAUUACAAACAUUGAGUGCCGCAACGGCCAGUGGGUGCACACCAAAUCGGGGCUAUCCAAGCCCCCCGAUUGCGCCCCUACUUGUGCGCCCGCCUGCCAGAAUGGAGGACAAUGCAUUAGCUUCAAUGUCUGUCAAUGCUCCAAGAUGUUUCGGGGAGCCAAUUGUCAAUAUAAUAUUGAAAGAUGCAAUGUGACGAAUACCAACUUUAAUGGAAACUAUAAGUGCGCCUAUGAAAUGGAGGAGGCUCGUUGCACAUUCACUUGCCCUCAGGUACCGGGCUUGAAAAUCCAAGGUCGCCUUGACAUAGAGUACAAGUGUAGCUAUCAGCAAGGAAAUUACCUCCCUGCACCACUACCAAAGUGCAUAUUUCCUCCUGGAUACACCAUUCGCUCCACCUCAUCAAUGCAUUCAUCGCAUCAGACGAGUGGAGUCUAUCAACGUGGAAUGAGUGGGGAAAUGUCCUACGAAAUUCAAACCGAGCGUGAAAAGCUUCUGGCCUUGCUGGCAAAGUACCGGGAUCUUGAAAGAAGAAGUGAAUGGUGGUCAUCGGAGGAAACAGUUGUCACCCUUAGCAGUUAUUCCCUGUACCAGAGCAACGAUUUGGAAAUUGUUAUUGACAAGACCCCGCGACCGGCUCUUUGUACCACUUGGGGUGGUAUUAACAUGAAGACUUUCGAUGGUCUGGUCUUCAAAGCACCUCUAUCAUGCUCCCACACGCUGGUUACGGACAAGGUCUCGGGAACCUUUGACAUUAUCCUGAAGGCCUGUCCUUAUGGCUCCGGCUAUGGUUGUGCACACACGCUGAAGAUUCUGUGGCAAUCGGUUCUGUACACUUUUGAAAAUCUAAAUGGUACCAUGCAGUUGAGCACACCCAUUAAAAAACUACCCAUGCCUGUGCAGGUUAUGGGCAUGAAGGUCAUGCCCGUGGCCCAGCAUGUCCAGAUAGACCUAGAAUCCGUUGGACUCAAGCUGGAUUGGGACCAUCAUCAGUAUGUCUCCGUGCAGGCUGGUCCCCAGAUGUGGGGAAAAGUGGGUGGUCUAUGCGGAUCCCUGGACGGUGACUUCAACACGGACUUGUCCUCCAGAACGGGCAAGAAGCUGGCGACCGUGAAGGCCUUCGCAGAUGCCUGGCGCGUAGAGGAUCACAGUGAACUGUGCCAAGUGGAGAACAGUGCCGAGCUGGAGUUUGGCGUGGACUCCUGUGAGCAAUCCAAGCUCCAAAAAGCCGUUUCCGUCUGCGAGCGUCUGUUGGCCAACGAGAAGCUCGGAGACUGCAUCAAGCCCUUCAACUACGAGGCUCUGAUCCGCACCUGCAUGGCGGACUACUGCAAUUGUGCAAAUCGGGAGCAUCCGGAGAGCUGCAAUUGCGAUGCCAUCGCCAUGCUGGCCAAGGAGUGCGCCUUCAAGGGCAUCAAACUGGAACAUGGCUGGCGGAAUCUGGAGAUUUGUCCCAUCAGCUGCGGUUUUGGACGCGUCUAUCAGGCCUGCGGUCCCAAUGUGGAACCCACCUGCGACUCGGACUUGGCCGUACCAGCUUCUAGGGGCGCCUGCAACGAGGGCUGCUUUUGUCCGGAGGGAACUGUCCAAUACAAGGAGGCCUGCAUCACCCGCGAACUGUGCCCGUGUUCCCUUCGCGGCAAGGAGUUCAAGCCAGAGUCGACCGUCAAGAAGAACUGCAACACGUGUACCUGCAAGAACGGUCAGUGGCGAUGCACUGAGGAUAAAUGUGGCGCCCGCUGUGGGGCCAUUGGAGAUCCGCAUUAUCAGACGUUCGAUGGCAAGCGCUACGAUUUCAUGGGCAAGUGCUCGUACCAUCUGCUGAAGACAGAAAACAUCUCGGUGGAGGCGGAGAAUGUGGCAUGCUCGGGGGCCCUUUCGGAGGCAAUGAACUUCGCCGCUCCCGAUGACCCAUCGUGCACAAAGUCAGUGACCAUCCGAUUCGUCCUGCGCGACGGUACUCCAUCGGUGAUCAAGCUGGACCAGGGACUUACCACCGCGGUUAACGGCAAGCCAAUUGUCAAGUUGCCCAAGAUGCUGGGUCUCGGCGAGGUGCUCAUUCGACGCGCUAGCUCCACCUUCCUGACCGUGGAAUUUGCGGAUGGCAUUCGCGUCUGGUGGGACGGAGUUUCGCGGGUCUAUAUUGACGCCCCGCCCAGUUUGCGGGGAAAAACUCAGGGUCUGUGCGGAACCUUCAACUCGAACACCCAGGACGACUUCCUGACGCCCGAGGGCGAUGUGGAAACGGCCGUGGAGCCUUUUGCGGACAAGUGGCGCACCAAGGACACUUGCGAGUUCAAGGCCGAGACCCACCAGGGACCUCAUCCCUGCACCCUGAAUCCUGAGAAAAAAGCUCAGGCGGAGAAGUUCUGCGACUGGAUUCUGCAGGACAUCUUCCAGGACUGCCACUUCCUGGUCGAGCCGGAGCAGUUCUACGAGGACUGUCUGUACGACACCUGUGCCUGCAAGGACGACCUGUCCAAGUGCUUCUGCCCCAUUCUGUCAGCCUAUGGAACUGAGUGCAUGCGACAGGGCGUCAAGACGGGCUGGCGCAUGUCGGUCAAGGAAUGCGCUGUUAAAUGUCCCAUGGGCCAGGUCUUCGACGAGUGCGGCGACGGCUGUGCCUUGACCUGUGACGAUCUGCCCAGCAAGGGCACCUGCAAGCGGGAGUGCGUCGAGGGAUGUCGCUGCCCCCACGGAGAAUACGUCAACGAAGAGGGUGAAUGUGUGCCCAAACAGAAGUGCCAUUGCAGCUUUGACGGCAUGUCCUUCCGGCCGGGCUACAAGGAGGUGCGACCGGGAGAGAAGUUCCUGGAUCUGUGCACCUGUACGGACGGCGUGUGGGACUGCCAGGACGCCGAGCCAGGUGACAAGGAUAAGUAUCCACCGUCGUCGGAGCUGCGCUCAAAGUGUGCCAAACAGCCCUUUGCCGAGUUCACCAAGUGUGCUCCGAAGGAGCCGAAAACCUGCAAGAACAUGGACAAGUACGUGGCCGACUCUUCCGAAUGUCUUCCCGGCUGCGUUUGCAUGGAGGGCUAUGUCUACGAUACUUCCCGCUUGUCCUGCGUCCUGCCGGCCAAUUGUUCCUGCCACCAUGCCGGUAAAAGCUACGAUGACGGCGAGAAGAUCAAGGAGGACUGCAAUCUCUGCGAGUGCCAGGCUGGCAACUGGAAAUGCUCGAAGAAUGGCUGCGAGUCGACGUGCAGCGUGUGGGGAGAUUCCCACUUUACCACCUUCGAUGGCCAUGACUUUGACUUCCAGGGAGCCUGUGACUAUGUUCUGGCCAAGGGAGUUUUCGAUAAUGGCGAUGGCUUCAGCAUAACCAUCCAGAACGUCCUGUGUGGCACGAUGGGUGUGACUUGCUCCAAGUCGCUGGAAAUUGCUCUGACUGGUCAUGCUGAAGAAUCACUCCUUUUGAGUGCGGAUUCUGCCUACAGCAUCGAUCCCAACAAGACGCCCAUCAAGAAACUUCGGGACAGUGUCAACUCGAAAGGUCACAAUGCCUUCCACAUUUACAAAGCCGGUGUCUUCGUUGUGGUGGAAGUGAUUCCCCUGAAGUUGCAAGUUAAAUGGGACGAGGGAACCCGGGUCUACGUUAAGCUGGGCAACGAGUGGCGGCAGAAGGUCAGUGGUUUGUGCGGCAACUACAAUGGCAAUAGUCUGGACGAUAUGCAGACGCCUUCGCUGGGACUGGAGACAAGUCCCAUGCUCUUUGGCCAUGCCUGGAAAUUGCAGCCCCACUGCUCGGCUCCGGUGGCGCCCAUCGACGCCUGCAAACAGCAUCCGGAGCGCGAAACCUGGGCCCAACUGAAGUGCGGGGCCCUGAAGUCGGAUCUGUUCAAGGAGUGCCAUGCCGAGGUUCCCCUGGAGCGCUUCUGGAAGCGCUGCAUCUUCGACACCUGUGCCUGCGAUCAGGGCGGCGACUGCGAGUGCCUGUGCACCGCCAUGGCUGCCUAUGCGGAUGCCUGUGCCCAGAAGGGUAUCAACAUUCGCUGGAGGUCCCAGCAUUUUUGCCCCAUGCAAUGUGAUCCCCACUGCUCCGAUUACAAGGCCUGCACUCCGGCCUGUGCCGUGGAGACCUGUGACAAUUUCCUGGAUCAGGGAAUCGCGGAGCGCAUGUGCAACCGGGAGAACUGCCUGGAGGGAUGCCACAUCAAGCCGUGUGAGGAUGGAUUCAUCUACCUCAACGACACGUACCGUGAUUGUGUUCCAAAGGCCGACUGCAAGCCCGUUUGUAUGGUGAGGGAGGGCAAGACAUUCUACGAGGGCGACGUCACUUUUACGGACUCGUGUGCCACCUGCCGCUGCUCCAAGCGCAAGGAGAUUUGCAGCGGUGUUAAAUGCACCGUUCCUCUGACUACCGCCCAUCCGGCUCCCCUUAUCGAGGGCACCACAGCACCAACUCCUUUGGCUACCCAAAAUCAGACCAAGUGCGUCAAGGGAUGGACUCGAUGGUGCGACAAGGAUCGCGAUACCUCCGACAAGAGUGUGCGUCUGAAUGAUGAGGAGAAGGUUCCGCGUUACGAUCGAAUGGAGGAUGUCUACGGGACGUGCCUGAAGCAAUAUAUGACCAAGGUGGAGUGCAGGGUGAAGGAGACCCACGAGGCGCCGGAACAAAUGGACGAGAAUGUGAUUUGCAAUCUGGAGGAGGGUUUAAGGUGCAUCGGAAAGUGCCACGACUAUGAGCUGCGUGCCUUCUGCCAGUGCGACGAGGAGCAAGUGCCCGAUGAGCCCAAGCCCACUGAAAAGCCGCAACUCGGCCUGGCCUGCGAUGCGGGUGUUGUGGAGUACAAGGAGUUCCCUGGGGAUUGCCACAAGUUCUUGCACUGCCAGCCCAAGGGAGUGGAGGGUGGUUGGAUCUAUGUGGAACAGACCUGCGGCGAGUACAUGAUGUUCAACCCCACCAUGUUCAUUUGCGAUCACAUAGCCACCGUCACGGAGAUAAAGCCCACCUGUGGUGUAAAGCCCAAGCCUCAACCCGAACCGGAACCCAUUAAGCAAUGUCCGCCCGGCAAAAUAAAGUCGGAUUGUGCCAAUCAAUGUGAGCAUACCUGCCAUUACUAUGGCAGCAUCUUGAGGAAGCGAGGUCUCUGCCAGAUCGGCGAGCACUGCAAGCCGGGCUGUGUGGACGAACUGCGACCGGAUUGCCCCAAGCUUGGAAAGUUUUGGCGCGAUGAGGACACCUGUGUUCAUGCCGAUGAAUGUCCUUGCAUGGACAAGGCCGAGCACUACGUUCAGCCACACAAACCAGUGUUGGGAGAGUUUGAAGUAUGCCAGUGCAUCGACAAUUCCUAUACCUGUGUGCCCAAUAAGCAAGAGCCCGUUCCCAAGGGAGGAGAUGGUGAAUUGGUGUUGGUACCUCUGGUUCCUAUUUUCCCUGUUACCCUCACGCCACCUCUGCAAUGCUCCCCAGAACGACUCAUUUACAAGAUAGAGAACGAGGUACAUUCAGAGCCCGACAGCAUUUUCAAUGCCAGCUCCCAAUUGGCGCCCGAGCAUGGACCGAAAAUGGCUCGACUGACCAAGGACCAUCCGAAGGGCAGUUGGUCCCCCAACAUCAACGAUCAGAUGCAAUAUCUGGAACUUAACUUUGGAAAGCCGGAGCCCUUCUACGGUGUGGUUAUGGCUGGCAGCCCUGAUUUCGACAACUAUGUUACCCUCUUUAAGAUCCUUCACAGCCAUGAUGGAAUCGCCUAUCACUAUCUCGUGGACGAAACAGAAAAGCCUCAGAUGUUCAAUGGACCCCUGGAUUCGCGGGCUCCAGUGCAGACUCUCUUCAAGAUUCCCAUCGAAGCGAGCUCCCUUCGCAUAUAUCCUCUUAAAUGGCACGGCUCCAUCGCCAUGCGUGUGGAACUGCUGAUCUGCGGAGAUAAGGUGGAGCCCACGCCAGUGCCACCCACACUUCCAACCCUUCCACCCAUAACAGAGCGCCCAGCCCAAUUGGUAGAUCUGGAAUGCAUCGAUCUUAUGGGCGUAGAUGAGGGUAAGAUGCAUCAGGACCAGGUUCAAUCGAGCAGUUUGUGGCAACAGCCCAACAAUGGAAAGAAACCCCUGCUGGAACUGCUGAAAUUGUCAACCCCAUUGGCUUGGCGUCCUCUGGCCAAUAGCCAAAAUGAGUUCAUUGAGUUUGAUUUCCUGGAGCCACGAAAUAUUUCUGGAUUUGUGACCAAGGGUGGUCCGGAUGGAUGGGUCAAGGGCUACAAGGUGAUGUUCUCGAAGAAGAAGCCCACCUGGAACACAGUGCUCUCGACUAACGGACAGCCACGCAUCUUCGAGGCAAACAUCGAUGCUGAAUCUGAGCGCAGACAUCACUUCAAGAAGCCCAUAUUAACGCAGUUUAUAAAGGUUGUGCCGGCUUACUGGGAGAGGAAUAUCAAUAUGCGCAUUGAACCCCUGGGAUGCUUCUCGCCAUAUCCUGAGGUCCAACGGCAAGUGCCCGUGGAGGAGAGCAAGCCCACAAAGUGCAAUAUCUGUGAUGGUGUGUCCACCAGUUCGACCACCGGAUGCCAGUGCCAGGAUCAACUCUUCUGGGAUGGCAGUGCCUGUGUUCAGCACAAUCUCUGUCCCUGCAUUGAGAACUACGUUAGCUAUCCUAUCGGAAGCAAGUUUGAGAACUCGGCUUGCGAGGAUUGCGUCUGUGUACUCGGUGGCCACAAGAAUUGUAAGCCCAAGAAGUGCCCGCCCUGCCAGGAUGCCAAGUUGCGGCCCGUCAUAACCAGCGACUGUUUCUGCAAGUGCGAGUCCUGUCCCAAACACCAAAGACUGUGCCCGUCCAGUGGAGAUUGCAUACCCGAGGUGCUCUGGUGCAACGGAGUUCAGGACUGUGCCGAUGACGAGGACUCCAGCUGCAGUGACUCCUUUACUGUGGAGCCCGACAUCAAACGGGAAAAGAAUGAGACUGAAGUCAUAACAUGUCCCGUGCCCGUUUGCCCGCCUCAGAUGAAGAUCAGAAUAACGGAGAAAAAGUCUAGAAAGAUGUCCAAGAUGUUCACCUUCUCGAAGCAGGUGUCGAUUGUGGACGACGGAACGACCAUCACCAAGACCAAGUUCAUCUCGUCCAAGGAACAAAUUCUGGCCAUGCCCAGCCAGGAAUUGGACUUUCAUCAGGAGGAGCAGUGCGACGAGUUUACCUGUGUGCCCAUUCCCAGCAAGCAGGUGGAUAAAAACGAGACUGUCACAUGCUCGGAGCCCAAGUGUCCGGAGAAAUACGACGUGGAGCUGGACAUGAGUGCGGCCAAGGUGGGCGACUGCUUGCGAUACACCUGCGUCCUUCGGCCAAAUAAGGACGACGUGUGUGAGAUUAGCGGCAAGAGCUUCACCACCUUCGACGGCACGGUCUUCAAGUACGGACCCUGCAGCCACAUCCUGGCCAGAGAUAUUCACAAGGGCAGCUGGUCCAUAUCGGUACAUCAACAAUGCAGCGACGAGACCCGCAAAGUUUGCCACAAGGUGAUCACCAUCCAGGACACAGAGGCGGGCAACGAGUUGAUCCUUCUGCCCCACCUAAAGCUCAAGUUCAAUGGCUUCGAGUUCACAGUCCAGCAGUUGAUAAACUCACCGAUCUGCAAGGCUUCCUUCGUGGUUUCUCAGCCGGGCAAGACCCUGCUGGCCGUGUCCACUAAAUACGGUUUCUGGGUGCAGCUCGAUGACAUCGGUAUCGUCAAGGUGGGCAUCUCGUCCAAAUUUAUUCGCACCGUCGACGGCCUGUGCGGUUACUACAACGGAAAUCCGAGGGAUGACAAGAGAUCGCCGGAUGGACAGAUUAUUGCGAAUACGGAGAAGUUCGGGGACAGUUGGUACGACAAACGGAUUCCCAAGGAUCAGUGCGGAGACCUAAAGUGCACGAGGGAAAUGCAGGCGAAGGCGUUGCAGCUAUGCAAUAUCAUCAACCACCCAACCUUUGCUCGCUGCCACAAGGCCGUCAAUUACAAGCAGUUCCAAACCAAUUACUGCCUAGAGGCUGCCUGCAAUUGCAUGAUGGCCAACAAUGGGGACCCGGCCGCCUGCAAGUGCAACAUUCUGGAGAGCUUUGUGAAGAAGUGCCUCAGCGUAAACCCACUGGUCCAGCUGACCACAUGGAGGGCCAUCACCCAGUGCGAGAUCAAGUGUCCGUCGCCGUUGGUUCACACAGACUGCUACAAGCGCCGCUGUGAGCCAUCCUGCGACAAUGUCCAUGGCGACGACUGUCCUGUGCUUCCGGAUUCCUGCUUCCCCGGCUGCUAUUGCCCGGAGGGAACUGUACGAAAGGGAGCCAAUUGUGUGCCCAUUUCCGAGUGCAAGGAUUGUGUGUGCAAUGCCUUGGGCGGAUCCAAGUACAUGACCUACGAUCGCAAGAGCUUCAGCUUUAAUGGAAACUGCACAUACCUUCUGUCGCGUGAUGUCGUUCUGCCCGGAGUCCACACCUUCCAGGUUUAUGCCAGCAUGGAUGACUGCAAGAAGCUGGGACAGCCGACGCCAGUGGAGGGCGGCAGCUGCGCCAAAUCCCUGCACAUCCUCAACGGCGACCAUGUGAUUCACGUUCAGCGCGUCCCGCAGAAACCGAAGUCCCUGCAGGUCCUGGUCGACGGAUUCGAGGUUAAGCAAAUUCCGUACAAGGACACUUGGAUUAGCCUGCGACAGGUGGUGGGCAAGGAGCUGGUGCUCUCCCUUCCCGACUCCCAUGUGGAGCUGACGGCCUCCUUCGAAGACCUGAUCUUCUCGCUGGGCGUACCGAGUAUCAAGUAUGGCAGCAAGAUGGAGGGACUCUGUGGCGACUGUAAUGGCAACGCCGCCAACGAUCUUCAGGCGAAUCCGGCAAAGAAGAAGGCCGGAGUGGAUGUGAUCCAGAGUUGGCAGGCGGAUGAACCCAAGUUGGGUCUGGUGGAAGAGUGCCUCAGCGAGGAUGUGCCCAAGGAGCAGUGCCUUCCGCUGCCGCCCGAUAAGGAUCCCUGUCUGCAGUUCUACAAUGCCGAGUUGUUCGGCAAGUGUCCCCUGGCCGUGGAUCCCAUUUCCUAUGUCUCCGCCUGCCAGCAGGACAUCUGCAAGCCGGGGAAUACCCAGCAAGGAGUGUGCGUGGCCUUGGCCGCCUAUGCCAAGGAGUGCAACCAGCACGGAAUAUGCACCAAUUGGAGGCGACCACAGCUCUGUCCCUAUGAAUGCCCCAGCGAAAUGGUCUACGAGCCGUGUGGCUGCGCCAAGAACUGUGAUACCAUCAAGGCCCUGUCCGAAUUCGAUGCAGUGAGCCUCAAGAACCAGGCCGUAAUUCACACCGUGAAGAGUGAUGAAAUGUGCCUGAGUUCGGAGCGUUUCGAGGGCUGUUUCUGUCCCGCCGGAAAGGUAAUGGAUGGCGGCAAGUGUGUGCCCGAAAUAGCCUGUACAAAGUGCGAUGAUGGACUGCAUUUGCCUGGCGACAAGUGGCAGAAGGAUAAGUGCACCGAGUGCCAGUGCGAUCAGGGUGGCAAGACGUCCUGCGUGGAAAGGAAGUGCCAGGUGGAGGAGAAUAUCUGUGCCGAGGGCUACAAGCCGGAGACCCUGGUCCGCGUGGAGGAGUGCUGCCCCCGAUAUCGCUGUGUCCCGGAGACCAAGGACCCGGCCAAGAUGUGCCUGGCCCCGCUGAUGCCCAUCUGUGGUCCCGGACAGUUUAAGAAACAGAAGAUGGACGUCAACGGCUGUCCCCAGUAUAUUUGCGAGUGUAUACCCAAGGACAAGUGUGAGAUUGUCAAGCUUCGGGAAUUGCUGCCGGGCGAGGCAAUUGUAAAGGUUGAAGAGGGAUGCUGCCCCACUCAGAGCAUCGAGUGCAGGCCGCAGUUGUGUCCCCAGGCACCGGCCAACUGUCAGGAGCGAUUCUAUGAGGUCAAGACCACCAAGGAGGGCGGAAUGUGUUGCCCCAAACACGCAUGUGUACCACCCAAGGACCUGUGCAUUGUUCAAUACGAGCUCGACGAGUCCACAAAGUUCACCAAGCCGGUGGGCGAGAAGUGGACGCAUGCCAAGGAUGUUUGCAAGCAGGAGACAUGUUCCUACGGUCCAGAUGGCAAUGCCCAGGUGGUCAGCACCUUGGAACAGUGCAUCACAGACUGUGCCCCUGGAUUCAGCUAUCGGCACUUGGACAAAACCAAAUGUUGCGGCAAGUGUGUCCAGACUUCCUGCAUCUUUGAGCAGAAGCUAUACGAAAACAAUGCCCACUGGAAGUCGGCCGACAAUUGCACUACCUAUAGUUGCCUGCAGAAGGAUGAUCAGUUUUUGGUUACCACCUCCGUUGAGGUUUGCCCGGAUGUGGGCAGCUGCCUUUCGCACCUACUGUACCAAGAUGGCUGCUGUCAGCGAUGCAAGUCUGAGCCACUGACGGAGGACAAAUCAACUUGCUUGCCUGUUUCGCUGGCCGACUCGCUAACGAAGGAGAUUCUCAAGUUCCCCGUGCAAGGACACGGAUCCUGUGUCAAUGCCGAACCUAUUCAAGGCUUCACCGACUGCGAGGGUGCCUGCUCCUCGGGUUCCAAGUACAAUACACUCACCGACAUGCACGAAAAGUAUUGCACCUGCUGCAGCAUCAAGUCCUAUCGUCCGAUCUCAGUAAAAAUGACUUGCGAGGAUGGCCACACGUUUACCCAGAAGCACGAGGUGCCUUCCAACUGCGGAUGCUCGCCGUGCUCGGAACUCUCAGACCCUCCGAUCGAUGUGCGAAUGCAGCCGGAUGUGCAGUCUCCGCUUCUGAAUUUACUCGGCAACCAUCGGCACUAAUCAAUAUUUGGUUGCCUUGGAAAGUUAUUUAAUUAGAUUUAAGCAAAUCGAGCAUUUAAAAUAAAAAAAUUUAAGCAAA